CCAUUAAAGAUUCAUCAGAAACUGAGCGAGUGGCCGGUAACCCCUUAAUAAGGGUUCUAUGUUAGAAUUAUUGACAGUAAUGACAUCAGACAUCACAAUGACUGAUGAAGAAGAAGUGGUGACCAAUGAUCGAAUGUUUUAGUUUUUCUAUGGAUCGAAUGAUCUUUAUUUUUUUUAAAGAAAUAGGUAAAUUACAGUUCAAUUCAAAUUUGCGCUGUUAUCAAAUAUCUUAAAAACGAUUGAUAAUAAUAAAAAGUUAAUGUAUGCUAUUUCAAUGCUAACGAAAAAUGGCCUAGAUGUCUCUAUGUCGAGCUCUAUGUCCCUAUAGUAAUUGACCACAGAGUGUUAAGAAAGUGAAAUGAUGGGAAAAAUAAUGGAAACCUAUGUUGUGGUGAAUCAAGUUUCAACUAGAGUAUCAACUUUAGGUAAAGAAGUAGGACAGUCAUUUAAAGAUUCAGAAGAUUUGGUGGUAAUCAUUCCUGGAAAUCCUGGUAUUAUUAGUUUUUAUGACCAAUUUGCUAAAAAGAUUCACGAAAAAUUACAAUGUUCUGUGUGGUGUGUGGGUCAUGCAGGACAUAAUCAAGGAAAAAAUCAAAUUAAAUCAAUACCGAAGUUUGAUAAAUACAAAGAUUUAUAUGGAUUAGAAGGGCAGGUUCAACACAAGGUGGAUUUUUUUGAAAAAUAUGUUCCAAAAAAUGCAAGAGUACACCUCAUUGGACAUUCUAUAGGCUCGUACAUGAUAGUAGAGAUGUUGGAUCGACCAAAUAUAGCAAAAACCGUAAAUAAAUCUUAUCUGCUUUUCCCCACAGUUGAAUAUAUGGCACAAACACCUAACGGAAAGAUUUUAACAAACUACGUUAAGUAUGUUGUUUGGUUGCUGGUUUUUCUUUCAAGAAUGUUCACGUUCCUUCCAACUAUAGUUCAAAACGCUUUAAUAAAUAUUUAUAUUUACAUAACGGGUAUACCUAAAUACCAUUUGGAUAAUAUAAAGCAGGUUGUGAAACCAGGUGUAUUAAAACGGGUAUUUUUCUUAGCUUAUGAAGAAAUGGAUCAAGUAUUACAAAGAAAUGAUCGUAGUAUUCGAGAUAAUCUUAAUAAAAUAAAAAUGUUCUAUGGUGAGCACGACGGUUGGACUCCUAUAUCGUAUUAUGAAAAAAUUAAAAAAGAUUUUCCUGGUAUCGAUGUUAAAUUGUCUCAUUUAAAUCAUGCCUUUGUUUUGAAUGCUAGUUCUGCAGUAGGGGAUAUAGUCUGUGAUUGGAUUACUAAUAAAUCCUGAUUAAAAUAUUUAUUCCAAUUUAAUACUCAUAAAUUUAUCACAUUUUCUUUAGUAUAUUUAUUAAAAUAUAUCUAUAUUUAUUAUAUACAAAGGUAAAGAGGUUAAAGAAGUAAGGAUUAAAAUUUGUUAAUUAGGCAUUCCAAACAAAAUGGCUACCAGUGGAUUUUGACAGGUUAUGAUAUGGCAAAAUUAUGGCAACCCUGUAGGCCUGGUGAUUUGACAGUCAAUGAAAUAGGUACAUAGAUUGAUCAUCCAUAUUUUUCAAAAUGAACAUAAGCUUAUGCCUUAAAGUAAAAAUGUUGGUAAUUAUUUAUUACUAUAUUCAAAGGCUAAAUAUUGGUUUGUAAACACAUUUUUGCAAGAUCGAUUCUGAUUAAUGAGCACUUGCCAGGCAAUAUGGCAGCUUGCAAACGACCCGCUUGAGCAAUCUAUAUAACUAUAUAUGUAUAAUUGAUCCUGUCAAUGACAACAGGCUCACAGGGUUGCCAUAUCUAAAUGUCAGUAGUUUGACAGGUCGUUCGAAUGCCUAAUGUUUAUGUCAAUUAUUUUAUACAUAAAACUAAAAUAAAACAUUUUUAAG